AUGAUUGACAUGAAAUUGUAGAUCUAAAUUAAAGGAUUCAAAAUCAUGCUUCACUUAAUUAAGCUAAUCUUCUAAAUAUUAAAUCAUCAUUGUACAAAUAGACCCUGGAGAGUAUCUAGUAGUUCUGGAUUUACAAUCAUCUGCAUCUUUUACUGUUGCAUUAUCUAAAGAUAUCAAUGCUUCUAUUCAAUAGACAAUAAUAAAUAUAAGUGUUAUAAAGAUAUUAGUGACCAAUCAUGGUAGUAUAUAAUUAUUCAGAUUGGUAAAUCUAUUCAGUAGAUUGAUCUUCCUAUUUAAAAAUAUAAUUAAUUGAUUCUCAAAAUAGUAAAGUAAAAGGUAUUUAGAAAUCUAUUGCAAAAGUUCAAAAUUAUGAUAAAUUUAAAGAUGGAAAAUAAUUUUAAAUAUAGAAUAUUAGAAACAACUGAAAUAUUAAUUAAACAAGAUCCUGUUAUACGUUGA